AUGUCAGCUCUGGAAUACUGUGAAACGUUCGCAACACGUGGGAAGUCUUCAUGGAAAAAUGUUCACAGAUGUAAAUUAUGCCCCUAUUUUACAACUGCUGUUUUCCUUAUGAUCAACCACGUCAGACGACACCGUUUCCCUCUGGAAAAAUUUACUUGCGACAACGCCAAAAUUGAAGCUUAUUUUUGUAAAAUUUGCGAUUUUAAGACGGAACUAACAGUUUUGUUCAAAGAACACAUUAUUAAAUAUCAUAGGCUUAAGAAGGAAUCUAGAGACGAUUUAUUAAGUGAGGACUUCCGCAUACACACCUAUGUUUGCGAAAAAUGCGACUUUGAAACAAAUUUCUCGUUUAAGUGGAUUCAGCAUAUUUCAGCGUGCACGAAAAAGAAAGAAUAUCCUCAAAGUGUGACUUCUCCGUCACAGAAUGACACAUACAGUUUCAAUUUCAAACGAACUGACGAAACAAGUUGGUACUACUGUGUGCAAUGUUCCUACAAAGCUAAACUCAAAGAUACUUUAAAAUCUCAUAUUAUGACAAAACACGAGAUGAACAAGCGAUAUGCAUGCGAGAAGUGUCCAUUUCAAUGUAGAUGGAAAUCACAUUUAAAAAUACACAUAAAUCGAAUUCACUUAGAUGAACAAGAUGUUGAAUGGCACAAGUGCAAAAAAUGUCCAUUCAAGGCCAAAGCUAAAAGUAAUUUAACGAGCCAUGUAAAAAGACGUCACUUGAAUGACGAAGAUGUUAGAUGGUAUAAAUGCAAUGAGUGUCCUUUCAAAACUACACAUAAACAUUAUCUAAAGAUACACGCAAUUAGAAAACAUCUAGCCGAAGAAAAAAUUAACUGGCACGAAUGUAAACAAUGCCCAUUUAAAACUAAAGGGGCGUCUGAUUUAAAAAGUCAUAUGGUUUUUAGACAUUUGGAUGAAGUAAACGUUAAGUGGCAUCAGUGUUAUUAUUGUCCAUAUAAGGCGAAAUUCAAAACUUGUCUAAAGCGCCAUAUAAAUCACCGCCAUUUGGGUGAAACUGAAAUUAAAAUGUACAAUUGCGAUGAGUGUUCUUUCAAAACGAAAAAUGAACGUUAUCUAAAGAAACACAGAAAUACAAAACAUCUAGACGAAGAAAAAAUUAAUUGGCACGAAUGUGAACAAUGCCCAUUUAAAACUAAAUAUGCAUGGAAUUUAAAAAAGCAUAUGAUUUUCAGACAUUUGGAUGAAGAAAACGUUAAGUGGUAUCAAUGUGUUCAUUGUCCAUUUAAGACGAAAUCCAAUGCUACUUUAAAAUCCCAUAUAAAUCACCGCCAUUUGGACGAAACGGAAAUUAAAACGUACAAAUGCGAUGAGUGUUCUUUCAAAACGAAGUAUGAACGUUAUCUAAAGAAACACGCAAUUACAAAACAUCUAGACGAAGAACAAAUUAAUUGGCACGAAUGUGAACAAUGCCCAUUUAAAACUAAAUAUGCAUGGAAUUUAAAAAAGCAUGUGAUUUUUAGACAUUUGGAUGAAGAAAACUUUAAGUGGUAUCAAUGUGUUCAUUGUCCAUUUAAGACGAAAUUCAAUGCUACUUUGAAGUACCAUAUAAAUUACAGCCAUUUGGAUGAAACUGAAGCUAAAUGGUACAAAUGCGAACGCUGCGAUUACAAAACUAAAAAUCACUCAUCUUUUUAUUCGCACAGAAAGAAACAUAUUGGGAUUUAG